AUGGAACAUAUGGGAUACUCGCCAGACUCGCGUACGGACAUUGGCAUCGAUAGGAAACGUUUUGCUAUGAUGGCCACUAUCGCUUUCGUAAGCAUUGCUGUACUCGCAUUCACUCUUAUGGUCUUAUUCAAGUACAAACGUCGGCCUACUCAACCAGCCAUGCCACGAGCUUUCCUCCUGCCGAUCUAUAUGCAGCGAUAUGGCUCAGCUGCUGACCCAACGUCCACUUCGACCCGCUCUCCACUUGACGAUCCAUCUCCUGCAUAUGAGGAAGAGGAACCCAUCCUUGCACGCGGCAAUUCUAUCGUGGUUCCGAUUCCGGCUCAUACACGCCCACCCCGAGAACUUAGUCCUAGCAGGCGCAACGCCAAUCCCCCACUGUUUGGGUCGGUUCAUCACCGAGGCAUCUAUCGCGCUCCGCUACAAAUCCACCCAGCUCUUAGAGGAGUUGACCGUGAAGCCCGUGAGUCUGUCGACACGCUUCCGCGGUACCCCAAUCCCCCGGCCUACAGCCUGGUGGUUGGUCCCCCAGAGUCUGACAUAAAUUUCAUCGAUAUUAUUCGCAAUCAGCAGCCAAAACUCAGUAGAAUCCGCCCAGCAAUCAUGUAUGAGCUGAUAAUUCCAAUCGUGUUCGGCGGCUUUGUUCUCAUGGCUAUACUCACUUGGAGUUUCUUCUUUCUCAAGAAGCGAAGGAGUGGUCAGAAUCUGCCUGGUCCAACUCCCCCCUCGUCAGCCUUUCCUGUUCACGCACGCUGGUUCCAUCGCUCUCAGGGAAGUGAUAUUGCGAACGUGGGCGAGUACCUCAUGACAGAACCUCUCUACAUGCAUGAUUCAGGCGAGAGCGCAAGUACUUUGCCAAGGUAUUCGGUGUCUGCGCUGCCGCCUGUGUACGUAUGGGUUGAAGCGAGGAAUUCGCGGUUCAUUGAAGAGUGCUGAGCGCUCUUUGAUAGCGUACACUGUGUCUCAAUCUGAGGAGUUUUGUUUUUCGGAUCCUCUGUCUACUAAUCUCGCAGCAGUUGACUAAUAAAUACUUUCCCAUAAUUCAAAACUUGC